GACAUUCUUGAUAACAUUCAAGACAUAAAUGCUGGAAAAGAAUUAAAAAUUCUUGAAGCGAUCAAUGAUCGUGCUUAUCCAAUCAAGAAUGAUUAUGACCAGUAUCGUGAUGUUAAAGAUACGUCAGACGCUGAUGGAAUUACGGAUGAAAACGCUUUGACUAAAUCAUGGGAUAAAGCAAAUGAAAUCAAAGUAAUAAUGUACGUAGAAACUACACAAGGGGAUCCUGGCAUGACAGGUGGCUCGAAUGUUGACGAACUUGGUGUUAAUAACAAAACAUUACCGCCGAUGAUAUGUUGGGAGAUCAAUUGCUCUGAUUGUGUUGCACAAGAGUCCGAAAUCCGUUGCUUUGUUCGCAGUUCCCUUACAGUCAUAGUACGCGUUGUUAUCUUCGGAACUGUCAUCCUCUUGUUGUUUUCAUGCGUCUAUAUUUCAACAACCAAAAAGAAAUGCAAAAGUGUAGCCAUAAAAGACACAGAGCAUGACGUUGUUUAUACAGAUGAUAAAACAACAUUGAUAAAUCCAGUGUAGACGGAGAUCAAAUCAAAAUGGUUUACAUUAAAUUGGCUUUUAUGAGAUGAGGUAACAAAGCUAAAUGUUUUGUUUUGGUGCAGAUCUAGACCAAUAAGAUGUAACAUUUUAGAUUGUUCGCUCAGUUGAAUUUUUAAAUUUAUUUCUAAGUAUUUUAUGAGAUAAGUAUACGAAAAUUAGCCCAACAGGUUGGUUAUCUAUUGUGUCCGGUACUGCACCAUGAAGCUAUAACAGUAAAAGUUGUUAGUACAUGGGAUGACCAUGGGAAACCCCACAUUUGCAGUGUCCCGGAUAACAUUUAUUAGGGCAGGAACAAUGAAUAUAUAGAUAUCCUUGUCGGAUGAUCUUCUUUUAUCACUAUUUAAGGUGAUGCAACUUACAGCUUAUAUUAUACAGUUUAUAAUUAUUUUAUUUUCUCAAUUUGUAUAUGCGUACAAAAUAAAGACAGACAUGUCGUCCAAUGAUGAAAAAAAAUUCUAAACAGAUUUAUAUGAAACAUUUACUUUGGUAUAUAAAUCAUGUAUGUAUUAUAUUAUACAUAUGUAUUAUAGUAUACAUAGUGUAUGUAUAUAUAUAAUUGCUUAGCACAUUUAUUGAUACAUGUUACACUUCAGUUCUCACAAAAGUUCGCAUCAAAGUUCUCUGUGAUUUUGGUUUUGUUACAAAGUUUAGGAAGUUCUAUAAAUAAAGAUAUAUCACAUUGUUCGUAUAUUUGAUACAAAAUUAGUAAGUCAUACCAUCAAAAUGACAAGUCAGACACACCGUCGUUAAUAGCAUGGAUCUUUCCAUCUGAAUAACCGCAAUAUUGCCAAACGACGCACUUUAAAUUUUAAAAAUUCACGACGUGUUUCUUUUUCACGACAUAAGAUCUAAAUGAAACGCAGUUUAGCUAGAAUUAUUUUUUUUUUUUUGGGGGGGGGGGGGGGAAUUUCUUUAUUUCAACUAAUACGACCAUGUUAAGUAAACGAAAAUACAUUUAUCUUCACAGUUCAAAAAGGUAAGCUACAUUAAAACCUAUUGAAAUUCCUACUUUUCUUUAAUCACUAAUAACAUGUCACGUAUACCUUUAUACCAGAGUAUAUCAUAUUUCUAAAAUUGUCAGUUUUACUCAUGAUUUAUUUCAAUCCGUAAAUAAAGUACUUCUAAAUGUGUGUUAAUUGAUUUAAGAUUCAUUAUUUUAAAAUAGAACCAGGUCGAUAUUUUGUCAUUUAACCAAUAUACAGACUGUCCUAAAUAAUUGACUUCUUUGUCUAAAUUUAGUAUACACGUUAUUGUUAUUAUUAUUAUUCCAGAUUUACUUCCUGGUUUAAAUAACUGGUUCAAUUACGCUGAAAUUUUACCUAUUUAAUUUUAUUUGUUUGUUUGUUUGUUUGGUUGUUUGUUUGUUUGUUUCAUGUUACGCCUUUUUCCAACAGUAUUUCAGUCAUAUAGACGGGUAGUUUCAUAACCAUAUCGUUCCACCUAUUUAAUCGAUCCGUAGUUGUAUAUAAGAAUUGACAUUUUGAAUUCUUUACGAUAUUCAAUUCUUUAGCUCUUGAAAUAAAUAUAAAACUUUUGAAAUUUGCUGUUCGUUAUCCAAUCAUAUUUAGUUUUAACAUUUCAAGGGUAAUUCACUUUUUUUUUAAUUUUCACGUCAUUGGCAAUGUGAACGUCUUUUGUUGUUUUCACGUGCCGGCUUUCAAAUUUUAGUAUACCAACUAUUUAUAGUGUGUUGAUACCUUGACUGUGUGUAAUUAA